AUGGGCAAAUACUUCCCGAACGACUCGUUUAGAGUGACGUUCGAAGGAAAAGUGCUUUCGGAUUAUUCAGAGCUAUUCAAACUCCGACUACCGGUUAGACUUUUCAUUCCGAAAGUAAUGACCUGUACUAAUUGUUUGCAGUUAGGGCACAUGAAAGCCUACUGCAGUAAUAAGAAUAAAUGUUGCAAGUGUGGUGAAAUAAUGGAGAAUAACCACACUUGUAGCGAACAGGAAGCAAAAUGCUCCUUAUGUGGUGGCAACCCACACAAAAUUGAAGAGUGCGCAAAGUAUAAGCUACGCUCUGACGCACUAAAAAAAUCGACCAGACAACGCAGUAAGCAGUCUUUCGCACAGAUGCUGAAGACAGCGUUACAGCAGGAGGAAAAUCGUUACUCCAGUUUGGAAAACGAUGAUUCAAAUGAUGACGAAGAGGACUAUCAACCUUUGCUAUCAACCGGAGCUGUACGAAAACGGUCAAGUGCUUCUUCUCCUAAACUCCCUAAAAAGGAGCAGAAGAAGGCGCUUAAUGAUACCCCUCGUGGUUCCACUUCCAAGCAAAAUGCUAAAGCGUCACCACCAGGUUUCAAAGUUGAUUGCGAUAAAGAGUUCCCUAAGCUCUCAGGGAAACGAGCUGUUCCCACAGCUAAAUUGUCAUCGGAAUCUGAAAAACCAUCCUCUGAUGAUGGUACGCAGCACCUUCCAUUAGAAGAACUCAAGAACGUGUUGGUCCUCCACGAGCAAGGCCCAUGGUUCGUGGCCGUAUAG